AUGAGAAUUCCUACCAUUUUGAUCUUGGUUGUAGCUUGCUCCCUGAUGCUACCAGGGGCAGGAGAGAGGUCAGAGGAGGGAUCAGGAUCAGGAUCAGGAUCAGGAUCAGGAUCAGGAUCAGGAUCAGGAGCAGGAGCAGAAGGGAGCUCGGAUCUCUGUAGCUGCUCGGAGGGGGCGAGCAUUGUACAUCCCCAGGACGGACAUGUUGUGGUUGUUGAUGGAGCGACGAGGAAAGGACACGUCACGGUUGAGGUGAGGGUGAGCUCGCGCGACUUCGAUGCUCCUUCUCCUUCUCCUCCUCUCCCUGCGCCUUCGUCUCCCGUCCUCGGCUCCUUCCGCCAUCGAUCGGGGUGUUACGGACAUUUGUAUGUCUUUGCCGACGAGGCAGAGGUCGGGCAGGUGUGCGUAGGAGGGGAGGAGGGAGGGAGGGAGGAGCUGGACGCUCUGAUGAGAGAGAAGGAGAGAACGCUUGACGCGGGAAGGACUGGUCUAGCAGACGGCAUCUUUGCGAUCGAGCAUGGCGGCAGGACGGCAGCGGGUGCCGAGGGAGGUGGAGAUGGAGAGACGAGGAUCUGUAUCCUCGACGUCCGAUGGGGCUGCUUGCACGUGGACCCAAAGACUGACGAGCGCUGGUUGCUGCUGCUCCUUCGAACUUGCGCCCUCCUGCUCAACCUGCUCUCGCAGCUGCAGCGCCUGGUACACCAUCAUGGUUCGAAAUGUCGAGCCAGGGGAGCACAGGAUCGGUCGGUGAGGAGGCAGGAGGCGGUAGAGCUUGACGACGCAGCAGGGGUGCGAUGGCAGCGGGCGGGAGCUCUCGGAGAAGGAGAGAGCAGCGGAGAGCAGCACAAGAGCGUCUCCUCUGUCCUGACCUCAGUUGUGGAAGGCAGCAACCUCUCGCACCUUCCCGUCUCCUCCUGCUCCCUUGUGGCUCUGCGACCUUCGCGCGAGCUCGCUGGCUUACUCAACCCUGUCGACCCGGACACGCAAAAGUUCGCGAUCAGAGAGGACGGGGCGAUAGUGUGGGAAGGGGCGGGAGGGGACAGCAGCGCCCUGUACCCGACCCUGACGGUCGGAGUCCUAGGAGGGUAUCCUAAGACGUGGAUAGAAACGAACCUGCUGCAGGUAGGGGCUGACUGCAACAUCGGCAUAGGGAGAGCCUUGUACGAGCUAGUCUCCUCCUCCCGCACAAAGCACUUCCUCUUCCUUGAAGACGACUGGGUUCUCCCUUUCUCCAGCGAGAUCUGGCGUCCUGUUAUGGACGGCGCGAUGAAGUUGAUUCAGGAGGGUAGAGCAGACGUCGUCCGCCUCAAGUCUGACGAGCUCAGCCCGCAGUCGGAGCAUCACGAUGGCCUGGCGUACGUUCUCAACUGCUCUCGCUUCCUCCCUCCUCACCCCCCUCACUUCUUCUGCGCGUGCCUGGACCACACCAUGCAGCCUGAGGGAGGCUGGGAGGGCAAGAGGCCCCACCUGGUCUUCAACGAUGUCGAGCUGUGCUACCACCGACAGCUCAACGUCUCCAGCAUAUCCUUCUACUGCCUGCCCUCCCGCUCCUGCAAGUACACAAACACCCCGACUAUCUUCCACCAGUUCCCCUCCUCCUCCCGCUUCCAUCUUCCUGACAUGCUCCAGCGCUGGUUCUUGACCUUCCUGGGACCGACGGCUUAUGUGGACCCUGGUCUCUCCUGUCUUGUCUCACGCUACUUGACCCAUGUGCGAGUAGGGAUCGCCGUCAGCAAGCACUUCCUCGAAGACUCCGUCAACGACACCUGGCCUGCUCGUCCCUUCGUCGUCGGGGUGCCGUCGUCAGGCCUCUUCAUGCACAUGGAACUUGACGACAAGGCCCCAGGAGCUACAUACAACCCUUACUUUUACUGA